GAAACAUUGUCUAGCGUGGCGCCGCCAACAUCAUCGUCUAGUUAGCACUACCAACCAACCGCAGCGCUGCCUCUGCGCUAAGACGCAUGCGUAAGAGCUGUUUAUUUACGAAUGGAACGUCGUGCAUUCCGAUGACGGCUGAUAGUGGAUGAGCAAAAGCGCGUACAACUGCCUCCUUUCUCUGCAACUCGCCGCGCGCUUUAGGACAAGAAGUGUCCCGUCGAUUAGGUUUGCUUUUCUAGCCAUCAGCCUCGUAACUUAUUCCUUCGUUGCGUCCGAUACAUUUGCUCGGGUUUUUUACGAGCCAUCAAGCCUUCUGCGAGGAACCGUCCAAUUGACGUGAAGCCGAAAGCCGUUCUGCACCAGCUGCAUUUCUCAAGAAUAGGGUGCUCCCACCGCUGGUCUCAAGUUUCUGGCAGCAAUGAAGGCGUUCGAGCUGCUGGGGCUCGGCGCGCAAGACUCGGUGCAGUACGCGCGAGUGGGGGAGGUCACGGAGGACGGGGCUCUUGACGACGACCAUGACAGCCAUAAUCACGCCAGCCAUAGUCACUCCUCCAACAGUCACAACCACUCGGGCACUCCGCUGCACGGCAGCCCCCCGCUAGGCGCGAGUCCGUCCCCGCGGCAGCAGCACCGGCUGCCAGGGGUGGCGUUUAAGACGGAGGCAGCGCGCGCCGCUGCUGCUGCGCUGGACGAGGAGAUGGGGGGAGGCGGGGGAGGGGAAGGGGGAGGUGUGGGGGAAGUAAGGAGGCCGAAACAGGCUGUUGCUUCGCCUUCGAAGGGCAGCUGCCUCUGGCUUCUGGUCUCUCUCGCACUCUCCCUCGCCUUAGUUCAGCUCCUCAUGGGCAUGUGCGGCUACAACCUUCGCUUCAAGGGCGCAUGGAUCACUCUAGUCUACGAUCCCAGCACGCGCGCGCAGACAACAGAGUCGGUGGCGAGUUUGGAGCACAGUGUGUAUGGCGAAACAGGGGUGUUCCAGGUGACAUUUGAGACGCUUGAGGACGAGAUUCGCGAGCUCAGAGACCAGCUCAACGGCACGCAGAAGGGCGCCCGGCCAGCAGCACCCGUCCCUCCAGCGGACAUUGUAGCCAAGCUCAAGGUGCAGGUGGCAGAGCUCUCGUCCCAACACGCGCUGCUGCGAGGCCAGCUGGACGCACUUGUUGCUGCUGCUGCUGCUGGCGGGAACCUCAGCAGCAGCAGCGGCGGGGCGAAUCUGAAUUUGACUAGAAUCAGCGCUGGGGGUGGGGCUGUGGGGCCGGCAGUGGGGCCGGCAGUGGGGCCGGCAGUGGGGCCGGCAGUGGGGCAGCUGCUGGUGCCGCUGAGUGCGCGGAUGCAGCGGGGGGAGGAGCGGGUGAGGGGCGUGGAGGAGAGGGUGGACGUGCUCGAGAAGGAGCUGGCGGAUACCACCGAGGUGCUGCAGCAGCUGCAGGUGGAGGUGGUCACUGGGGGGAAAGUCACACCGGACCCGGCAGCCGCACAAGCAGCAGCAGCAGACAUUCCUGCAGCGACAGUGGUGCCCUCAGGCACACAGGAGGGGCCGGCAGCCACCGUGGUUCCCACAGGGGACGAGCCUUCAGCCGUGGUGGUGCCAGUGCCCUCAGACGCCCCUAAGAAGCCAGCGGGGUCAGAAGAUCCGCCAGCAGAAAUCCCUGCAGGGACUGUGGUCCCUGCAGGGGAGGAGCCUUCAGCCGUAGUGGUGCCCGUUCCCUCAGACGCGCCGGAGGAGCCGGCAGGGACUGUGGUUCCCUCAGAUGCACCGGCAGAGCCGGCAGGGACUGUGGUUCCCACAGGGGAGGAGCUUGCCGCCACAGUGGUUCCCGCAACGGAAGAGGCGGAGGAGGAGGCGCAGGAUGAUGCUGAACUGGGUCCCCCGGACGAUUACCCUGGGGAGGCUGGGGAGGAGGAGGGAGGGGAGGGAGGGGAGGAGGAGAAUGGAGGGGAGGAGGAGGAAGGAGAGGAGAAGGGAGGGGAGGAGGAGAAGGGAAGUAAGGAGGAGGAGAAGGGAGGGGAGGUGGAGAAGGGAAGUAAGGAGGAGGAGAAGGGAGGAGAGGAGGAGAAGGGAGGAGAGGAGGAGGAAGAGGAGGAGGAGGAGGAUGCAGCACCCGCAACGCCAGGAGGCAUUGAGGUGGCGGAAGUGGAACAGUGCGGAGAUGAGUCUCUCGACCUACCACCAGAGGCCAAGGCGUGGAAGCAGCGCACCCUCGUUGAGAUCACACCUGAUCUUCACCUCUUCAGUGCAUACCGCUUUGGCCCCAACACUCUAGCGUUGGUGGGGCUGCUGCCCCCUGCCACACCCACCCUGCCUCUGGACGCGUGCCUCUUCCACCAGACAGACGGGUCUGCGGCGAUCAGUGGGUCGCUUCUGAGGCUGCAGGUUGAGGACACCUCAGCCAUGGUGCUCAAAUUCCAAGGCGACACUGCCAUUCCCCCCUGUGGCGGCUACCUCCAGUGCACUGCUGCUGGGGGGGCUAAAGUGGUUGUGUACACUGAAGGCCGGGGGGAGAUCGUCUCCCCACCUUCCCCUCUCCCCACGCCCCUCACCAUCUGCUCGCUCCUCAUGACAACUGGCGUGUCGCCACCCCGCCUGCGCGAGUGGCUGGACUACCAUCGGGUGGCAGUGGGGGCGGCGAGGUUUGUCCUGUACCGGCACAGCCGGAGCCACUGGCCGGCAGAGCUGCGGCAGGCAGUGGGGGAGUAUGAGGAGGUGGGGAUGGCGGAAGUGACGGACAUCGUGGGGGCUGAUAAGGGGUCAGAAAAGCGUGGAUAGAGGUGCUCGCCCUGCAGGACUGCAUCUACCGCACCUCCCUCACCUCCCAGUGGACCCUCCCCCUCGACAUCGACGAGUACCUCUCCGUCUCCCCCCCCCCCACCCUCCCCUCGCUCCUCUCUUCCUCCUCCCCCUCUGCUCUCCCCCCCGCGCCCUAUUACUCCCUGGGUGCUGUGCGGUGGAGCACGGAGGUCUGUCUGGGGGAGGCGGAUGCGGGGAAGGUGGAGCAGGAGGGGGAGGGGGAGGGGGAGGGGGAGAGGGGGGCCACCAGGAGCAACAGCAGCAGUACUAUCAGCGGUGCUCUGUUUGCGGUUGAGCGGGCGGUAUUUCGAGAGGCCACUGCUGUCUGUAACGCGGAUGCAGGGGGGCUGGCAGGGGGGAAUGCGGCAACAUGUGAGGGAGAUGCGGGCACGCGGCGGGUCAUUGUCAAUCCACGCAAG